GCAGCAGCAGCUUGAGUUCUCAUCCAUCGGAAGUAAAGGUUUUCCUGUCUCUCUCUCGUAUAUCAAAAAAUCAAUCACUUCGGCCGCAUAGGCAUGCGGAUUCGUCCAGUUCCAAUCUGAAUAGUAUUUCCCAUCUUUCUCAUCGAUUACGCAUUCCAAAUACUUUUCGUCUUCUCUGAAAGUGCCAAUCUCGCUCUGAGACGCUGCGUUCACGUCCUUUGGGGGUACGUACGGUGGUGUUUUUUUAUCGGACAGAAUCGCCUCCCAGUUGCAAGUUUUGAACCAUGGAUGAGCCAUGAUUUGUUCGCAACCUUUGGAUCCCAACCUUGCGUGUUCGUUCUUAUCUAGCAAGCGCCGACAAAGAUCAGCUGCGUCUGGCUCAAAUAGUGUUUCUGGGAAUUCUGGAAUCAUCUCCAAGGUCGCAUAAUCUAUUGCCUUUUCCUAUUGAACGGUGGGAAUUCACAAAUCAAUCAGAUAAGAAAGAGACAGAUACACCUACAUUUUAAAGUCAUUGUGAAUGAGGGUGUCAAACCCAAGUGUAUUGCUUUGUCUUACCUUCGUUUCCUUACCGGCAUCGAGCCCAAAUUUCAAGGCAGUUUGUGACCGGAAUGGGUUUGACCCGGUUAUGAAUUCAGCGACACAACACCCGAAGCUAAACCAAUCAACCAUUUGAUUGUACGGCAUUCGCCUUCCAUCUUCGUCUCGCCGUAGCAUUUCGGGAGCCCAGUAUCCUCUCGUCCCAGCAGCUCCAUGAAGUUUUGGUGUUAUUUUUGUCGCCAGUCCGAGGUCUGUGAUUUUCACUCUCCCAUCGUCCGCCAAUAAAAGAUUCUCUGGCUUGAGAUCUCGAUAUACAUACCCCUUGUCGUGAAGGGCCUGCAAACCAAGCAUAACUCUGGCGGCAUAAUAUCUGCAUUCUCUGGGUGGAAAUGAUCCUUUCUGCUGCAAGUGGUAACUCAGAUCUCCACCAGUCAUCAAGUCCAGAAUGAGAUAUAUGUCGUCCGUCGACUGAAAAGAGUAUUUAAGAUUCACAACAAACGGGCUCUCCACGGCAGCAAGUACUUUCCGCUCGUUUAGCGCUAAUAACUCAGACUUCUUCACUUUAAUCCUCUUCUUAUUCAUGACCUUCAUCGCAUACAACUUGCCAGAAGUCCCCUUUUUGCAUGCUAUUUUGUUCAAUGAAGUCGAGAGAAGAAAGAUACAUUCGACACCAAAAUUAGACAAUAGCGGUCUUUGGCAUAUUUGCACCGAACAAAUCCGGCAUUCGACCCACAUCCAAACACGGGAAAGAAAGAUUGACGUUGCUUACCUGUUACAGACCCGAAUCCACCCCUCCCGAGAACACGCAUGGAAAAGAAGUCGUCCGGUUCGACCGGUCGGUCGUAGAACCAUAGGAAGUUUUUCAUUCUGACGAACUUUUCAGAUUCUGUGAAUUGUUGCCAAUAUUUCUUGCGCAAGCUCUCGAUUACUAGCACAUCCGCUUUUGCAAACAGAUCAUUAAGGUUUUUGGGGUCCACCUGCUUUAGACUUUCAGUGAGUUGUUUCAUCGAGGAGUACUUUUCCCGAACUGAUCUCCUAUCUGGGAGGUUCCGAGUAGCUUCUCGUAAUUCAGCGCUUUCGAUGUUUAUACUCCUCUCGGAGCCAGACGACUCGUUGUUAUAUUUAUUCUCAGCUUCGGAAAUCGCGGUAAAUAUCUCGUCCAGCACCGGACCAGUCAGCCCAAUGGAAUUUGGUACCGGCGGGGACUCUGAAUCGUAGUCCACUACUUUGUUAGCAGAAAUCAAUUCUUUGACUUCGGUCUCCGUGAGUUUGGGAACUUGUCGGAACAUAUCGUGUGUAACGAUCUCUCUUUUCUCUGGAUAGAUUCUUUCUCCGGUUACUUUGUCCACAGGAGAACUUUUCAGAAAUUUUUGCGCUAUCCUUUUUGCUCUUUCUAUUCUCUGCCUCCCUCUCAUCUUCCUCCAAUKAAUCACGUCUUCGAUAAAGUUAAUUCUAAGCCAAUCGUUGCAGGUGUCUUUCAAAAAUUCGGAGAACAAAAAGAAGCCGAUUGCUCUCUGCAAACACCAGUCGAUACCGAAUACUUCCAAACCAUUCGAAGCGUUGGCACCUUCUUCUAUCUUCUUUGCUUCCCACCUCUCCAAUUCCUCUGUUUCGGGAAAAUGCCAAGAAAGCACGGGUCUGGGACCCUGCACCUGUGUCGCGAUUGCAUUUACGUAUUGUGCAUCUUCGAUAGCGUCUUGAAGCUCCUCCAUGAUGCUGGUGCAACCGACUUUGUUGAGUAUUGCGUCGAGCGAGGCUCCACUAACAAACCCUGCCUCAACUUAAGGGCGCUAGACCUAUCGACCCUCCCUGGUCACGCUUGGUUUGCUUGUUGCUCUGGCUUGAUUCAGGAUAUUUUAGAGCAUGAAGUCGACGCAACGAUCCAGAUGGACUCAACGGCGUUAUUACAACAUCUCUCUUUUCGUACCGUACUCGUAGAACGAGUACUAGUACUCUGUACUGGCGCUCCUACCUUUUGGAGCCGUAGUUUACCUCCGGCGGUCGGUUUAGGCGACUCGCAAUCAUCAGUUGAAGAGAUGGAAUUAUUUGACUGCCACCCCGGUACUGCCAGGUGCAUAGCUGAAUGUAAGUACGAGUUUUCAGCAGCCAUGGGGAAGCACAAAGAAAUAUGCCCUAAAAAGAGAUACUUAGGGAGGUGAACUGCCGACGCGGAAGCAGGUGAAGUUCGAUCAUCCCUAACGGAAGCUGAUUAUCGAAACAACAACAUCAACUCUAACACAAUACAUUAAUUGGUUCUUUAAGAAGGUUUAUUUCGGGGGGAUUUUAUUUUAGGGGUAUUUCAAAAACUUUUUCGUUGAUUCACCUUUCAUCCAAAAAUCCCGCGCUCGUACCUGAUGCUCCUGUAGCAAGCUUACUCAGUAAAUUGAAUGCUUUGUACCUGCCUUUUCGUGACGUGUUUUUUGGGUGCUGCUAUUUCGGUGCUUUUUGAUGUUAAUCAUCGGCGAUCUGAAGAACAGGUAAACAAAAUCAUUACUAUAUUGUGAGUUUCGUUAGUGUUGCCAUCAUCAACGUAAACGAUCUAAUUUUGUAGCUGCUACAAACGCAACCACUUAGUUUCGGCAUAAACCAUACCGGUGCAAUUGAUCAUCCGUUUCCGAAUAGAUCCCGCUGUAGGACAGAGAACAGGUCUUUUAAUAUCUAACAAAGAAAAUGGCGUCUUCUAUGAUUCGAGGAAUACUUGUCUUCGGCUUUUCCGCCCUUGUCCUUCUCGCCCACGGGGGAGAGGCCUUUGUCACCAAGCAACCUGUGUCAACUUCGAGCAAGGUUGGUACUGAUCUUCCAAAAGUGACGCACCUCCCAAUAUACGACAUGCUUUCCAAGGGAAAAGAACAGCAUUCGUCGUCUUCCCUGUUGAUGGCGACGGAGGAUAAUUCCAAGGGCGGAGGCCUUCCAUUCUGGCUAGAUCCGGGCACACGGGGAGGUGCCGUCUUUUUGAGUCUGGUGUUGUUCAUCAUACCCCUUGUCGGGUAUUCGGUUGCCACGAAUAUGUUCGGAGUCGACGAGGUGGACGCCGGGAAAUACAUCGGUGUUGGAUUCACUGCAGUCGCAACCCUCCUCUGGGUAUCGACCUACAUUUUCCGUGUUGCCACGAAGGACAUGACAUAUGUGAGUUACAAAACUAGUGUUAGUGACUACUGCAUGUAGUCCUUCUAUUUUUAUGAAUCGCAAGUAGACUGUUGAAUUCGAAAGGAACGAUGAACUAGACAGGUUUUGAAAAAUUCUUUAGGGUCUGAAGCAUGGCUGUGCAAUGCAGUGCUUUGUUUUUGCGCCGUUGUCUAACAAUUUCUUUGGGUUUGCUUAUUCUCACACGUCACGAUAAAUACAUUUCAGGCUAAACAACUCAAGGACUACGAGAACGCUGUAAUUCAAAAACGUUUAGAAGAGCUAGAUGAAGACGAAAUCCAAGCGUUGCAGGAAGAAAUCGAACGAGACGAAUUUUAGAGAAAACGAUUCAUAACUAACGUACCAAGUAGUAAUUUACUGUAAUAUUUUUACAUGAAUGUCACCCAAGUGUGUGGUGAUUCAAUUGCAUGCUAGAGCAACACUUCAAGCUCGCCAAGAUAUUGAAAUGUAUCGACACAUAUGCGCCAUCAUCACCAGGUGAAGAUCAGCGUCUGACAGAACACCAAAACAUUUAGAACAUUUUUUCUUACUAGCAGCAUCGACGAGAACUUGUGCAAAUAUUAUCAGCCAACAAAUUCGAAAAGUAAUG